CAAAUAUGGCUUCCACAGCGGACAAACAGCAACGAAUUUUAAAUUUUAAUGUCGGUGUAUUAGGUCAUAUUGACAGCGGGAAAACAUCACUAUCGAAAGCUUUAAGUACGACAGCAUCCACAGCUUCGUUUGAUAAAAAUCCUCAGAGCAAAGAACGAGGGAUUACCCUUGAUCUAGGCUUCAGUUCGUUUGUGGUGCCACUUCCUGUCCACUUGGAAUCAGAACCUUAUGAUGUGCUGCAGUUUACCCUUGUCGAUUGUCCUGGUCAUGCUUCUUUAAUCAAGACUAUUAUAGGUGGAGCUCAGAUUAUUGAUCUCAUGAUACUGGUAGUUGAUAUCAACAAAGGGAUACAAACACAGACUGCAGAAUGUCUUGUAAUUGGUCAAAUAACAUGUGACAAGAUGAUUGUUGUUCUGAAUAAGAUCGAUCUCAUUCCUGAGGAAAAACGUGAACAUCAAAUUGAAAAAAUGACUAAAAGGCUCUCAAAGACGUUAGAAGCAACAAAAUUUGCUGGUUCUCCAAUAAUUGCAGUUGCAGCAAAACCAGAUGCCGCAGCAGAAGGCCAGCCAGAAUCCUUGGGUAUAAAAGAGAUGUCAGAAUUACUGACAGCUCAAGCGUACGUCCCUCAGCGAAACAACAGCGGCUCAUUCCUGUUCGCAGUAGACCACUGUUUUUCUGUUCGAGGUCAGGGAACAGUUAUGACUGGGACAGUUUUACAAGGCAUGGUAUCUCUGAAUGAUAACGUCGAAAUCCCGUCAAUGAAAGUGGUCAAAAAGGUCAAGUCAAUGCAGAUGUUCAGACAACCAGUUUCAAAAGUAAGCCAAGGUGAUCGAGCUGGUAUAUGCGUGACUCAGUUUGAUCCUAAACUGCUUGAGCGAGGUCUUGUUUGCCAACCAUCAAGUGUACCAACAAUCUUUGCUGGAAUUAUCCAUGUCAAGAAGAUCCAAUACUUCAAAAGUCAAGUCGCCUCAAAGGCUAAGUUUCAUAUUACCAUAGGGCAUGAAACAGUCAUGGGUAAAGCUCAAUUCUUUGGGCUACCUGUUUUGGUAGACACACCACCUGUUGGAGAGGAUUUUGACUUUUCCCAAGAGUAUGUAUUUCAAGAGGAAUUAUGUGAAGUAUCCAAGAAGAAAGACAAGGAGACAGCUGACAAUCCUGAAAUGGCAGUUAACUUGGAACACCAGUUUGCAGUUUUAGAGCUUGAGAGGCCAGUCACAUGUCCAAAUUCAAGCCUUGUGAUUGGUUCCCGUCUAGAUGCAGACAUCCAUUUGAACACUUGCCGUCUUGCCUUUCAUGGAAAAUUCCUGGAAAUGUUUACAGACAAGAAUUACACUGAAACCAUGUUGCCAAGAUUACAGAUUUUCAAGACAAAAAGUCGUGUUGGCGAAGUCGAAAGGGUGGUUGAUGAAUAUUCUUUGGUUGGAAAAGGAUUGUUUAAAAAGGAGACGAACAUGGCAUUAUUUUCCAACCUCAAAGUGAGGCUCUCCACUGGUGAGGCUGGGGUGAUUGAGGGAAGCUUUGGGCAAAGCGGGAAGUUUAAAGUCCGUAUCCCUGGGGGUCUCUCACCAGAGAGUUUUAGUAUGAUGAAUGCGGGGCAACGCAAGAAGGGCAAAGGUAGAGGUGUGGAUGAGGGUGAAAAGAUGACAUCCGUGAAAAUAAUCUUAGAUUUUAAGAGAUAUAUAUUUGAUCCAGAAAAGAAAAUGAUACAAAAGUAAUUUGUAAUAUCUUAAUAAAUUUAAAUAAAA